GUUGCUGACCUUCGGGAGGCGCGCAGAGCACCGUCGCCUCGUUUCCAUGGUUACAGUCUCCCGUGACAAAUGUCUUGCUCCUGCACGCGCUCAGGCUCGUCUCGUCGCCACGGCAACCCAGGCGCUCAAAGUGGUAGAGGCCGGAGCCCGAGCCGAACUGGGAGUGCUGCAGCGCCGUGCCGAUGUCGCUGUCCGGGAGACACCCAAACCCGGUGAGAACAUCCAAUCGCAUCGCGUACGCCAGCAGUGGCUCCGCCUACCUCAACCCCAGCUGCCUGCAGAUGACGCUGGCGUCUCUGUCGGACCAGUGAGAGUCGCACACCGCCCCCCACUGGCCGUUCAGGUAGACUUCCACCCGCCCGCUGCUGGACGACGAGCCGCCCACCAGCCGCGCCGCGCCUGAAGGUCAGAAAACCAGAAGGCUAACAUCCUUACACCAUUGCAAACCUCCAUUGUGACACCCUCUAAAAAAUAAUGGAAGGAGCCGGAACAGAGAAAUGGAAUGCGGGCGGAUGAGUGAAGCACAAGAAGAAAGAAAGAAAGAAAGAAAGAAAGGCUCCUUUGCAUCAAAACAAUGGAGUCAAAACCACAACUGAUGUCACUUGUGUAUCGCGCGUGAGCAAGAAAGUGGUAGCUGAGGAUGUUUGACAGCUGUUUGUCUCUUUUUCCGGAAAUCAGGUCACACUCCACAAGGGGAAGACACCAAAGGUGACUUCACACCAUCACGCUGGUCUUGCAAGGCGAACAUGAUCCCGUGCUGCGUUCAGGUACGGCCUACAUGCAAACUAGAUCGAGUUCUUUGUUUUCCGUAGAUGACUUCUUCCUGCUCUUUAUCUCUCCUGCUGCACGCCGCCAUGCCUUCAAGCCAUGCAAAGCCCAGAUGGCGGAGGAGAGAAGAUGGAUGCAUGGCUGGGUGAAGUGGGAAUAACACCAGCGACAAGCAGACCUCCAGCUGGCUGCUGAGCUGGGCAAGUCCUUGCUGGAGAGGAACCAUGAUCUGGAGCAAGGUCUGCAGCAGAUGUGCACCAACAACCAGGAACAAGUGCAGGAGAUUGAGCACCUGAGCAAGCAGGUGGACCUCCUGAGGCAGGUCAACGACCAGCACGCCAAAGUCUACGAGCAGCUGGACGUGGUGGCCCGGGAGCUGGAGCAGAGCAACCGCAAGCUGACUCAGGACCACAGGACGUCCCAGCAGAAGAUCCACAGGCUGACAGAAACGGUGGAGCAGCUGCAGGCGCAGGUGGAGGAGCUGCAGCAUCAGCUGGAGGAGGUGAAGCUGGGACCUUCUCUGCUGGCUCAGGAAGGACAAUGGAGGACACGUAGAGCUCAGAGUGUGAGCUGCCUGGAGGAGCUGCAAAGGCCCCCAGAGGAACCUUGUGGCGAGCAGGAGUGUUGCGGCGUGCAGCAAUGGCACGAGGAGCAGCAAGCGUCGCUGCGGCACUCUCUGCGUCGCCUCCAGACUCAGUACGCCGGUGAACGCACCCGUCGGGAGGAGGCGGAGCGAGAGGCGGGGCUCCUAAAUCGGGAGAAUGCGGCGCUCGAGCAGCAGCUGGCCGGAAUGGAAAGGUGCAAAGUGCGAGUGUCGGAGUUGGAGCGCGAGGCGGAGGAGCUGCGUGGCCUCUGGAAGUCUCGAUCCUUCGCCAGGUGCGACUCGGAAGAGGAGGAAGAGAUGAGCCGGCGUCCUUUCAAGCGCUGGGCCAGCGAGCGUCUGCUGAAGGCGCACGACUCCGCCAGGGAGCACGAGUACUGCUGCGCCAGGAGAGCUCAGGUGGUCAAACACCGCGGCAUCUCGCUGCUCAACGAGGUGGACGCCCAGUACAGCGCCCUGCAGGUGAAGUAUGACCAGCUGCUGGGACGCCUCAGCCAGCAGCGUCACGAGGAGGAGGAAGAGUGUGUGAGUCCCAAGGAGGUGCAGACUCUCACCGUGGACUCUCUCACCGUGGACUCUCUCACCAAGGACAACCACGUCCAUCAGCCCGAGUACAAACUACUUUUUAGAGAGAUUUUCUCUCGCCUCAAUAAAACCAAAGAGGACCUGAUUGAAAACAGGAUGAGACGUCCUGCAGGCCAAGUGGUGUCACUGCGGUCAUGUGACUCCUAAUACACUUUAUUAAUAUUACUUCUCUCUACCUCCAUGCAGAGGAACAUGCAUGCUGCUUCCUGAAACUUACUAACUUAGCAAUUUUAGGGAAAAAAAAAAAGUUAAUGUAACUUGAACAUUUGUGAUUGUGUGAAGAAAGGACAAAAGAAAUGUCUCUAAAUGUAAUAUUCCACUAAUUCUUCUUCUUCUGGUGCACCUGCUCUACUUGACUUUGUCAUCUUCACACCCAAACACUUUUUACACUAACUGUCAUCACCUCUCAUUCCUCAUGAAAUAUUAAACAUGAAUUCUAUCAUCUA